AUGGGGAAGGACAAAGCGGACAAGAAUCCGAGCAAAAGGCUGAGAGAAAAUGGCUCGCAAACGGAUGAAGAUGAUGAACAUGUGGGCGUCGGUGGAGUAAUGUCAGCACGCCUCGAGGAAAUGAACACUAAACUAGAUCAAGUUUUAACAGCGUGUGGUGAAAUUGCACUACUAAAAGAUGAAAUACGCAAGCUGAGAGAUGAAGUAAAGAAUUUAAAACAAUCUUUGCAAUCUGCCGAGGAAGAAAUUGAAAGUCUACAAGAAAGUCAGAAAGAAACUUCUGCACAAGUAAAAGAAAACAAUGAAGACAUUGACUUCUUGUUCGAGGACAUUGGAGCGCUAAGACGCAGAAACAUCAAGUUGGAAGCCUAUACAAGACGUGAGAAUGUAAGAAUUUUCAAUGUCGGGGAAGAAGAGGAUGAAAAUACUGAAGAGCUGGUAAGAAGUGUCUUCGUCGCUAAUUUGAAAAUUCCGGCGGAUAAAGUCAACGAUAUCCGCUUUGAGCGAGUUCACCGAAUCUCCACUGAUAAUUCUAGUCUAAGAGCUCCGUCCUAUCCCAAACCAAUUAUUGCUCGUUUCAGUCAUUAUCAGGACAAAGAAUAUGUUCGCUCCUUCUAUAAGAACUUAAAAGGAACCAACAUCGGUUUCUCAGAUGAUUUCCCGAAAGAAAUUGAAGAAAUUCAUAGAAAACUAUAUCCAGUGCUUAAAAAGGCCAAGCAGGAUAAGCAAAAAGCCUUCUUUAAUUUCGAAAAAUUGAUAAUCAAUGGCCAAAUAUACAGAGGAAAAGAAACUAAAGACCUUCCCUAUUAUUGUAAAAUGGCAAAAAAUUAUUAAUGUAUUAAUUCCAUGAUCGGUUGCAAACUGAACAGUUAAUCUACGUCCACUAGAUGUUAAGAAUUUUGUUUAAUAUCAGUUUAUAUGUAAAUGUACUAUGUGUUCUGUUCUGUUUUAUUAUUUUUAUUUGGAGGAGAAAAUGUCUUUUAUUUCACUCAUUUUGAAUGCUUCGUUAAACAUUGGAAAGUACUAAUCCCAAACAAUAUAUGCAUUUUUAUAAAACACAACUGAAACGGCAGAUUUAUUUAAAUUAGUUUCUUUGAACGUAAGGGGCAUAAGUAAUUUUCAUAAAAGAAGAACCACGUUCACCUGGUGCCGAAAAAGAAAAGCUGACGUAAUAUUCCUGCAAGAAACGCAUUCAAAAGAGGAUUCAGAAAAACAAUGGGCAAAUGAAUGGGGUGGUAAAGCAUUUUUCUCACAUGGUAGUCCAAAUUCAUGUGGGGUUGCGAUAUUGAUUAGGAAUAAUUUUAAUUGUGUAAUCCAAAAAUCCAUUGUUGAUCCCCAGGGAAGAUUUAUUAUUUUGAAGGCAGGCAUUCAGGAUAAGGUGUACAUUUUAGUUAAUAUUUAUGAGCCAAACAAAGAUAAAGUCAGCGGCAAAUUUUAUAAAAACCUACAUAGAGUGCUACAGACAGAAGACUUAGAUUGUGAAGAAAAUAUAAUAAUUGGAGGGGAUUUUAACUGUCCUCUUGACCCUAAGCUGGAUAAGAAAGGUGGCGUUAUGGUUCCUAGAAAAAUGGUUAUUGAUAAUAUUGAAUGUUUACAAAAUGAAUUGGACCUUGUCGACGUCUGGAGAAUUAAAAAUCCGCAAUCUAGAAGUUACACUUGGAGCCAAAAAUCUCCACCAAUUUUCUGUCGUUUAG